AUGUCCCUGGCAAAGAACGCGGAAGAUGAGCUAAGGGAUUCCAUGAGCGUUUUUUAUUCUAUGUUGAAAAUAACCGGUGCCUGGUCUAAUCCUAACAAAUCCUCCUUGUCCUCGGUACUCCUAAAAACCUGCAUUAUUUUUAUAUCUUAUUUCCUGCAAUUGGCGACGCUGGUCCCGAGCAUUCUAUACGCAUUUACGAAGGAGAACAAUGGCAGGAGACGGAUAAAACUGCUCAUGCCUCACGUCAACAAUUUGUGCCAGCUGAUCAAGUACACCAUACUGAUUCGUCGGAUGAAGGAAUUCGGAGAAACAAUAGAGGAGAUAAGAAACAGCUGGUUGAACGCAACCGAAGAAAAUCGAGAGAUCUUUCGCACGUACGCGAAUUUCGGACGCAAAGUGGUAAUAGGAUUAGUGGUCACCAUGUUUAGCGGCGGUCUGUCUAAUCGGACGAUCAUACCACUUGUGAAAGGAAGAAUUGUCCUACCAAAUAACACUACCAUAAGACUGUUAUCCUGUCCAAGUUAUUUUGUAUUCUUCGACGAACAGGUUACGCCGAAUUACGAAAUUAUCUAUAUUCUGCAAAUUUUCGGCGGAUUCUUCACCUAUACGACAUUGUGCGCCACAAUGGGAGCUUGCACGAUGUUUUGUUUGCAUAUCUGCAGUCUGUUGAGGAUCCUGACGAACAAGAUGGUAGAGCUUUCCGAUCAGCUUGACUUAAGCGAGAAUGCCGUGCAAGAAAAGAUCGCGGACAUCGUUGAGCAUCGGACAAUGAUCAAACGAUUUUCGACAAACAUCGAUCGAAUAAUCCCGAGCAUGUGUUUCUUCGAGAUGAUCAACGACACGUUAGUUGCUUGUGUAGUCGGAUACUGCAUUAUCAUGGAAUGGGAAAAUAACAAUGUUACCGCUAUAGUAGUUUAUCUGUUAUUAGAGACAUGUUGCGUGUUCGUCAAUUUCACGAUGUGUUACAUCGGUCAACUUCUCAUCAACGAAUCCGAAACAGUUAGGCAAACGUGCACAACACUGAACUGGUACCGAUUUCCCAUGAACAAAGCACGAUACCUCGUGCUGGUGAUUAUUAUAUCAAAUUAUCGGAUAAAAAUCACCGCUGCCAAAGUUGUAGAUGUAUCUUUAGCCACUUUCACGGACAUCAUGAAAGCGUCGGUGGGAUAUUUAAACAUGUUGCGAACUACUGUUCAAUAG